GUUGCCACCAGUCGGGACAAGCUGGCGAACUCUCGCCGCUCCUCGGACUCCCUGCUCGGCGUCACCAUGACGGAGGAAAGUCGGGGCAAGAGGAGGAAACAAGCCAACCCGAGGAGAAGUCGCGUGGAUGGCGAGCAUGUAGGCUCACUGGGGUCCGAGGGAGAGGACGAGGUGGGCCUCUGGGGCCUGGAGUCCCAGGACUACCAGGAGAGCCUGGGCAAGACCAGCCAGACUCCCAGCGAGGGCACGGAGGAGCCCGACAGCCCCGCCCUCUCCGUGCAGACGCCUGGCCUCAGUCCGGGCAGCGGCGGCAGGAAAUUCUGGGCCCAGGUGGAGCAGGAAGUGGAGGCCACAGACGACGGCGGUGGUGUGGCCUCUGGCGGCGACAGGGAGGAGGAGCAGGGAUCAGUGAGGAUGCACUAUCCAAGUUCAGACUCCCAAGUGGACUUGGAGGACUUCACUCACUUUGACUUCCUGGCCAAACUGAGCAAGACCUCCGCCUCAGCCGGUCUCCCGGACCACCUCAGCCACAACGGGGCGUCCAGCGUGCACGAGGAGCUGCCGCCCGCCAUGUGGUCCCCGGGCGCUCGUCAUCGCUCGCCCGAGGGGGCAGAUGGCAGAAGGAGGCAGCAGGCCUGUCCGUUCUGCCACAGGACGUACCAGCACGGCCCCUCUCUGAGGGACCACAUCAAACACUGUCAGGAGAGGGCCCACGUGGUGUGUCCGUUCUGUGGGUACACUGCCCCCCACAGAGCGCAACUGGAGCAGCACCUGGCACUUCACCACCAGGUGCAAGACAAGAGCGCCAUCACCUUGGAACAAGCCAUGGAGAGCAGGAAGUUCAAAUGUGUGCAAUGUGGGAAAGCCUUCAAGUACAAACAUCACCUGAAAGAACACCUGCGCAUACACAGUGGAGAGAAACCAUACGAGUGCUCCAACUGCAAGAAGCGUUUCUCCCACUCGGGCUCCUACAGCUCCCACCUGAGCAGCAAGAAGUGUUUCAGCAGCGGCGGAAGCUCAGGAGUCGCGGGCGGUGCGUUCAAUGAACAUCCGUACUUUCCGCCGUCUCCGUCCGCGGGGAGGGACAGAAGCACCAGAGGUUCUCCUCUGACUCCGCAAGCCCAGGAGAACAGCAGACGACCUGAGGAGCAGAAGCGGUUUUCGGACCCGCCUCCUCUGUGCGACCCCUCGGCCGAGCUCUCCCUGAGGGCCAGCAUCUUGAAAGGAACCCUGCUGCCGUACCUCCAGUCCAGCUCCAGGUUUGAGCACAUGCUGCAGGAGAUGCUGCACAGGGAGGUGAGCAAGUACCAGGACUCGGACACGGCGGAGGGCGUGACGUGUAGCUCCUGCUCGCAGGUGUUCCCCAACGUGGUGGUUCUCCUGCAGCACGAGCGCUACCUGUGUAAGGUGAACCGGGAAAGUAAAGGCGAAGGAAGGCAGUCACCCGCCGCGCAGAAGUGGCCUUCAGGACCUCAGCGUUCACCUCAAGGAAGCCCCAAACAUGCCUCAGAGGUGUCCUCACCUCACAGGAGAAGACUUCUGUCUCUGGGUCCUCAUGCAGGCCUGGAUCUCGGCCUCCGUCCGUCUCGGGAACUAUCCUCGCCUCAGAACGAGCCUCUGGACCUCUCCGUGCAGAAGCGAGCGCGGCACGACGCCAGACGCGUCAACGGCACGUCCUCCAAGCGAGACCGGACGGAGGAGCGCAGGCGGCAGAGUCCCGCGCAACUUCCGGAACAUUCCCCGCACCCCGUCUACCGGGCGCCAGUCUUCCCGCCGUCUUUGUACAGCGGCUUCCCCUUCUUCAACCAAUCGGCUUUGAGCUUCGCAGGACACGACGCCAUCGCCCCGCUCCCCUUUAGCCCCGGAUUCUUGUCGCCCUUGACCUACGUGGUGGACGGCGAAUCAGACGCCACGCUGAAGAAGCUCCAUCAGGAGAGACAAGCACUCAUGGGGGAAGUAUUAAACCGCGGCACGCUGGACUACCUCACUCUCAUGGAUGAAGCCCUGGAGGGUGAGGGAGGGGCGGGGCGUAAGAGGCUGAAGAAGACGGACGAAGGGCUCUACGCCUGCGACAUUUGUGAAAAAACCUUCCAGAAGAGCAGCUCCUUGCUGCGACACAAAUACGAGCACACGGGCAAGCGUCCGUACGAGUGCCAGGUGUGCCAGAAGGCCUUCAAGCACAAACACCACCUGAUCGAGCACAGCCGGCUGCACUCGGGAGAGAAACCCUAUCAGUGCGACAAGUGCGGCAAGCGCUUCUCGCACUCGGGCUCGUACUCGCAGCACAUGAACCAUCGCUACGCCUACUGCAGCCGGGACCAGCAGGACCCCGACCAGGACCACAGGGACCAGCGGGACCAGGACCACGACGACCCCAAUGCCGAGGACACCAGGACGCCGCGCUCCUUCCUCAGCGACGCCAGCCUGGACGCGGCUUCAGAAGCGCACAGAGAGGAGGAGGAAGAUGGGAGGGAUGGAGAACCUAUCCCAGCUGAGGACAGCGGGGGGAGGGAGUGGGGUAGACUCCAGCAGCAGGAGCGCAAUGGAGACUUAGAUCAAUGUCAGCUGGGUGUGGACGUGACACAUCUAGCCACCAUAAAAACUUGAUAGACGC